UUAAAAAUCGGCCAAUGGAAUAGAAGAGAACAAAGUUUGCUAAUUUUUUUUCUUUAUUAAAAUUAACAAUAUACGUCCACCAAGAAUGCAAUAAAUAUCGAGCUCACUAAAUCGUGCGCACUACAUUCGCUGGUGUACACCAAUAUUGUCGUAUUUCAUUUUAUACCUGCUUCGACUUGCUUGGCCCUCUUGCCAAACCGUCGUAGCAGUUCUAUUAAUGGUGCUUUCUCAAUUAUCCAGAUCUUUACGAUAGUUUUUCCAUAGAAAAACUAAAAGUAGAAAAUGGCUGUGGCUACUAGAACAUUUUCAAAAUUCGCAAUUGGAAAUUGCAAAAGAAUAUUACAUUCUCAAAUAAGAUUCAAUUACCAAGACACUAGGCAGAAUUUAAAAAUUGACUGUAAUACAAAAUUAAUAUGUCAAGGAUUUACUGGCAAACAAGGUACAUUUCAUUGCCAGCAAGCUCUGGAAUAUGGUACAAAAGUAGUAGGUGGAGUUAAUCCAAAGAAAGCAGGUACAGAACAUCUUGGAAAGCCUGUAUUCAAAAAUGUGAAAGAGGCUAAAGAUGCAACAGGAGCUACAGCAUCUGUAAUUUAUGUUCCUCCACCGGGUGCUGCUGCAGCUAUUAUGGAAGCAAUGGAUGCAGAAAUGCCCUUAAUUGUCUGUAUUACAGAAGGUAUUCCUCAACAUGACAUGGUCAAAGUAAAGCGACGAUUACUUGAACAAAAUAAAUCGAGAUUAAUUGGACCUAAUUGUCCUGGUAUCAUAGCUCCUGAACAGUGCAAAAUUGGAAUUAUGCCAGGACAUAUACAUCAAAAAGGAAAAAUUGGUAUUGUUUCAAGAUCAGGAACAUUAACAUAUGAAGCUGUAAAUCAGACAACUAUUGCUGGUCUUGGGCAGACUUUAUGCAUUGGAAUUGGUGGAGAUCCAUUUAAUGGGACAGACUUUAUAGAUUGUUUGGAAGUAUUCCUUAAAGAUCCAGACUGCGAAGGAAUCAUCAUGAUUGGUGAAAUUGGUGGAAGCGCAGAAGAAUUAGCGGCAGAAUACCUCAUUGAAAACAAUACUGGUUGUAAAGCUAAACCAGUAGUUUCAUUUAUUGCUGGUCUCACUGCUCCUCCAGGUAGAAGAAUGGGUCAUGCAGGAGCUAUUAUUUCAGGAGGAAAAGGAGGUGCUCAAGAUAAGAUCAAUGCCCUUGAAAAGGCUGGUGUAAUAGUAACAAGGAGUCCUGCACAAAUGGGUAAUGAAUUAUUGAAUGAAAUGACUCGUCUUGGUCUGGUCUGUAAUUAAAUGAUAUUUCAUUAACUCAAUGUAGUUUAUUUCUGCAUAUUCGUGUAUCUUUAUGAAAUAAAUUGAAAAUGUAAUACCUGUUGUGAUUGAGAAACACAACAGCUUGAAGCAUCUAGAUAUAAAAGUUGCUUAUCCUACAGCUGAUUAUACAAUGUUUCAUGAAAAUUCAUCAAUGAUAUUUGUCUAAUAAAUGUAAAAAUGAUAAUAUAAAUGAUAACAUAAGUAAUAUAUGCAAAUAUUUGUUAGUGAA